GAUUUUAUAUGUAAUAACAUAUAUAAGAAAACGGAAAGUGGAGAUGUGAAAUCAUCAGCCCACCUAAUGAAUAUUCAUGACGACUGUUUUCACAAAAUAUUGCUAAACUUUAAACUUCAAUAACUUUAUUAUUUGUUUUUCGAUUUUGAUGAAAUUUUCGGCAUUUUGCUCAGUGAAUUCUACUCUAUGUAUUAAGAUAUAAAUAUUUUCAGCCCGGACCAUCCCUUUAAUAAGGUUAAUCCUUCACCGCUGCGUUUGGCCGGCCUUGCUAGGCCGCCCGGGGGCGCGCCGGGGCGCGCGUGUGGCUGGCGAUCCGAGCUAGCUAGUCUAUCUCGAUCUGAUCUGUGAAACUACCGGACAUGACUUUAUCUUGAAAAUGAAAGGUUUCCACAGCCAAUCUGAAAACCUUGUGCCAAUCAUUGGGUUAGGUAUAACUGCAGCUGUUGCAUUGUUGUAUAUUCUUUGGAGCCCAGGACCAAGCAAUUCUAAGAGAACCGGAAGAAAAAGAAAAGUUGCUGGUCUAGAGAAUCUUGGUAACACAUGUUACCUGAACACCAUCCUACAGAGUUUAGCAGCAUGUCCAGCAUUCUUAGCUUGGCUUAAUAGAGCCCUUAGGAGAGGAUGCUUCAAGGGAAGAGGCAAUGAGCUGGCUUACAGGCUCUCACGAACCUUAGAAGGUGUUAACGAUUAUUCCUCUUCUACUGUGUACUCACCUCAUGAGGUUUUAUAUUCUCUCUAUAAUCGAAAUUGGAGACCAGGACAAGAGCAGCAGGAUGCUCACGAGUUAUUUCAAUUUUUGUUGAGUGAAUUAAGUGAAGACAGAGAACAACCAACCUCUCCUCUGCCUCUGAGUGAAGCUCCAAAGCUAGUGAAGCAUGUGCCUAAUGGUAGAGUGAAUCAUUCUGGGCUGCGGUCAAGCAUCAAAGCCAACUUGCCCCGAGUGACCAUCAGAGACGUUGAUUCACCAUUCAGAGGACUCCUAGCCCACCACCUAUCAUGUACAAUAUGUGGACACAAGAAUCCUGUGACGUACACCAGCUUUGACUGCCUGUCCCUGCCGAUCCCCACCCUAGCCCUUCUCCGUACCCUCUCCUUAGACUGCAUCCUAGAGAGAUUCACCCACACUGAGCUGGUCCAUGAUGUGGAGUGCAUAGAAUGCAGUAAGACAUCCACCGGUCCCCAUGAAGAUGGGAGUAGAGGAGGAGGAGGGGAAGGGGGGAGGAAGGUGCAAGGAGAUGGGGACAGGCAGAGUGGUUCCCAGGUGAGUGUGGAGAGCAGUCCAGGGACAAGUCCACAGUCCAGGUCCAGGAAAAAGUGUAGAAGAGUCUUCCAAAAACAGAUGACUAUUAGCAAGCUACCCCAGUGUCUUUGCAUUCACAUCCAGCGUGUUGGUUGGCAAACCGAUGGUCUUCCUUUCAGGAGAGAGGAACACAUCAUGUUUCCCGAAGUCCUUGAUAUGAGCAGAUACCGGCUGGCGUCGGUCAACGCAACCUGCAAUAAUGGAAGCAUAGGUGUCACCAAGUCACUGCGACUGGUUCAACAAACAGCACUUGCAAAUAAUCAUAAAACAAUAACUAACAAAAAAUCGGGUUCAUCGUCAAUGAAUCACUCAUUCAUUGGAGACCGGUUUCUCUCUCCAUCUCGUCCUGCAUCAUUACGAUUGGUAGGAGGAGGUUGGAGACCAACAGAGCAAGAGGAAGAAGAAGACAAGGAGGAUAAGGAGCAGGAGAGAACACAGAACUUUGAGAAUACAACUCUAGAAGAUGAUAAAGAUAGUUAUCUAGAUGUCAACAAUUACAGCUCCAGACCCAUGGAAUCCAAGUACAGGCUAGCUUCGGCUGUGGUCCACGUUGGCAAUGCAUUCUCUGGACAUUUUAUGACAUAUCGGCGUGGGCCUAGUAAACCGAAUGAACCUUUGAAUUCACAUUGGCUGUGUGUGUCAGAUGAGAGUGUUUACACUGCACAGCUAUCUGAUGUUCUCUCACAGAAGGCAUACAUGCUUUACUACCAGAGGGAGUGUCAGUGAGAAGAGACCCUAAUGUCCAAAGACUGUCAACAUUGCUCAGAUAUCUGAUGUACUCUCACACAAGGAAUAUAUGCUUUACUACGAGAGAGUGUUAGUGAGAAUGUAUCACUGUGGUCAUGUUGUAUUUUAUGUAAGGUCAUGGAUUCAAAUCCUGUGUUGGAACCUGGACCCAUGUAUUGUUUUGGGAUUGUUUCAGAAGCCAAAAGUUUUUCUAGACACUUGCCUUAUAUACCAUGAAGAUUUUGCUCUAACCUCUGCAAUGAUCAUGAUGUGGACAUCGUACAGGGAAUAUACACUUAAAGGUUGUAGAAAACCUUUAAUACUUCCUACUUUCCACGUAAAUAACGAGAAUUAGAUCCCUUAUAGACUCUUAAAGUGACAUCUCAUGCCAGCCAAUGUAUGGAGAGGAAACAAAUGUUUAAGGUAUCCAACAAGUUGCCUUAUUGAAAGUCAUUUAUGAUACCCCAUAUUGGGGGCCUUGUAAAAUCUUGAUGAAUCCAUUGACCAUAUUGAAAAUUAAUUAAGAUCAACUGCAGUUUAAAUCGUUGGUCUAAGUAUAGAUAGCCAUACCUGUGGCAUAAAUUGUCCACAGAAGAUGUUUGACUUUACCACAAAUUUGAUACAGAAAGUCUCAAACAUCUGAAAUCGUAUUGGAAUUAUCCAAAUGGUGUCUUCGCAUUCAUGACCAUGUAACGUAAGAGUGAAUUCCUGUAAACAUAUGAAGCAUUUUAUUAUGAAUAUAUUUGCUCCAUAUGGCUAUCAGUACCUAAGCUGCCAGUUUGAAUUACCAAGUUUACUUCUGUGUUUACCCGAUCUUUGUGUGGAGACACCAAGCUUGAGUUGUGAACAUCAAACAUAGGGUGUUUUUUUUAGACGUUGUCACCACAUGCGGUAGAUAUCAACAGGGGAUCAAUAACAUAUCAAUCACUAUCAAUCAUUGUCACCUUUUGCGAUAGGCAACACAUUCGACUAUUCAUCAGCAGCAUUUUGAUGUAUGAGGCAUCACAAUGUACGUAGCCUAUGGUGAUGUAUAAUACAUUAUAAUGCGAGUAACGCACGAUCUAAGCUAUGCCCAAUUAUAACUAGUGGUGAUCAGUAACAAGUCAUUCAGAUGUUAUCUUAACUUGCUAUCCAUAGCACAAACGUGAUCACAAGUGAGAGAUGAUCAGUCAUCAUUCGUGAAUACUGACAGCGCUAUCAAUUGCAAUUUUUUAUAUUGUAUGAAAAGGAAAGAGGGGGGUAAUGUAAUGCAGUGCCUGCCACAUAUGGAUUGAAAUCCAAUGAUACAGAAUUUAAGAGUUUUUUGCCAGUUUCAUCAUCUAGAGUUUCUUUCAUAAAGCUACUUGUGUGAGGUUUUGAACGAAUAUACAAAUGACUGGAGUCGCUGGACCCUGGAAAGUCAAAUUGGGUUUCUCAGUCAAUGUUAGACACAUUAAUGUACGUAGCCAAAGUUGAAUAUAUGCAGUUGUUAAAGCCUCCAUUUUACAGAGAGCAACAGAUCUGUGAAAGACCAUUGAUAGAUCACUGUUAGGACUAGUCUAAGAUCAGCAAGACAAGAAGUAUCAGUCAGCCUGUCAAUGGUUGUCAGAGCCAUCCAACAGAGACUACAAAUUUCAGUAAUCUAGAAUACUGCCGAAAGACCUUGCCCGUUUUCCAUCUUUCAGUCGUAUCUCAAUGGUCUCCAUACUGUGGAAUGGGGUUUAUGUACAGUUAGUUUGGAGACUCAUUCUCCACAAUUGACAUUGAAAUUGUGUGAAAUAUAUACAAAUAUUGCUAGAACAUCAGGAUAAAUCUUACUGGCCUGGCAUGUAAGCACUUCAUACCCGAAUAGUAGUCAUUUCUACUUUUUCUUUUUCAAAUGGCUUUAUGAAUGACCCCAGCAUUUCUAUAUAAUAUGUAUGCCAAGUAUGGCUUGUAUAGGUCAUGUCAAGCCUAUGUAUAUUUUAGUUAAACCAUGUGGAGACUGUAUGGUAAGAGAUGUCUCUACUUGACCACUUUGAAUGAGAUGACAGACCAAGGAGAUGGAAGCCGUUGACGAGUUGCAAUAUUGUUACCAAUGGUUAUGAUGUGUGUGUGUUUAUUACUCUAUAUGCCGUUCUUAAAUGAUUGAUUUGCAGAGGCAAUGGUGUGGUCCAAGUGCUUUAUUUUAUGUGUUAUUGAGUUAGAAUAACCUAUAUUUAACUAUCCAGUAUUCUUAAUUUCUUUUGGUAUACCCUUGCUCAGCAAAUGGUCCAUAACUGGAUUUUAAUCACUAUUGGUAGAGGUUUAAAGGUUGAACUUUUUCAACAUCUCAAAAAGUAAUUGUUAUAAUUUUCCUUCCGUAACUUCAACCAUGUAUAUUCUACAUGGUUUGGGAACUAUGUGAUAUAAUGAAGUGAUAAUACAAUAUGUACUUUUGUAUGUGUACUUUAACAUAGAUAAAUUCAUAUAUGAUAGAGGACAUUGGAUUUUGACAGUAAAACAGUAAGCAACACUUUUGUAUGUCUUUUGCCAAGAUGGCAAAGUAAUCUUAAUGUCUUUUAUAGUAAAAUAUUGAAGUAUUCUAAACAUGGAGCAAAUCUUUAGGGCAAUUCCAUAAAAUAUGUAAGUCCGACCCCCUAUAUGUGGGACCUUCAUGACAUAUUCUGUCUCUGAUUUUUUUCUUAUGAUAGUCUAUGAUGCUCUCAAAUGACCAUGAAUUGGUCAGUUUGUGAAGUUCAACUUGAGAAAAAUGGGGGUCGGACGUACAAAAAGGUUUAUUAUUUUAUGGAAUUGCCUUUAGGUACUGUCCUAACUCCUAACUAAACCUUUGUCCUGUCAGUAUAAAUCCUUUGCGAUAAGUUUAACCGGUUGUAAAUAUUUGAAGUAUAAAAACAUCUCAAAAUAGAAAUAUGUAUGUAAAUUAUUAAAUUUAUAUUGUAUUCUCAAGUUUUCCCAUUAAAAUAUUACAGACCAACUACAGAUAAGGAGUAAAAGGGAGUGAGAGAAGUUUUGAGUGACAUUUGACUGCAAAUCUACCAAUUGGCACGCAUGAGUUGCUUUCUAUGCACGUAUGCUGUAUCAAAUUUUCCCCUUUUCCCUUUUGAAAGGAAAAGGGAUAAUGCUUGUAAGCUUGCAUGGUUGGCUUUUUAGCCUUGCUGUGAGUAAUGAUUGUUUUGCACGAUGCAGAGAAUUUGUGACUUUUUUGUACCUUUCAUUUUGCUCUCUCCCAGUUUUAAGAAGUGUUACCUGUUCAACCAAGAAUGCUGUGUGAAAGACGAUUUGGGUCACUUUGUAUUUUGAUCAAUUGCUUAUUUGAAACAUUGUUAUUUAGUUGAAACAGGAUAUUUGCAGUAAAUAAAUAAUGGACAAAUAAAAUGAAUGGACCAGGUUUCAGGUUUGUAUUUGAUCUCUACAGAAAUCAUUUUAAAAUCAGACACUGGAAAAUGACUAAAAAUGAACUUUCAAAAUAUGCAUUUCAAUGCCCUGCCAUGUUGGAGUGGUAAAUAAUUUCACACACAAAAUGGCACACCCAUGUACAGUAAAGAUUUUGGUUUGUUUACUUUAAGUCAUAUAACAUCCCAUGAAUUGGGUUGAUCAGCUGAAGGUCUGUUUCAAUAUUUACAUUGUGGUUAUUAUGGAAUCUGCAAUGUAUUGUGUAGAUGCUAUAUAUUCAAUGAAGUAGUAAAUCUUUCAAUGGUAUUUGUUACAGAUUAUAUGAAAUAAAUUAAGUUUUUUCUUUUGUA